UCAAACUUGGAUCAUAAGUGCCUACCUUAAAUACCCCAAACUCACGUGUGUGCAGGAAAGUGUGAAUUCAAAGACAAGAAGAUGCCGAAAUCAAGACGUGACAAACGAAUUUCACUUACAAGAACAAAGAAGAAAGGUCUUGAGACCAAGCAGAGUCUGAUUGAGGAGGUUCGAGACAGUGUGGACAAGUAUGCCCGGAUAGUCGUGUUCUCGGUGGAGAACAUGAGGAACAGCAAGAUCAAAGAUGUCAGGAAUAACUGGAAGCAUAGCAGAUUCUUCUUUGGAAAGAAUAAGGUGAUGAUGGUGGCCCUAGGAAAGACACCCGAAGAAGAAUACAGGGACAACCUCCACCGGGUCAGCAAACUAUUGAUAGGCAACGUGGGACUACUCUUCACAAACCAAACCAAAGAAGAGGUUGUUGAAUACUUUGAGGAGUUUGUCGAAGCAGACUAUGCAAGGUCAGGAAACGUUGCGACGGAAACGGUGACGUUAUUCGAGGGCCCCUUAGAAGACUUUCAACACUCUAUGGAACCACAGCUCAGGCAAUUACGUCUUCCAACAGUUCUCAAGAAAGGUGUAAUACAUCUUACCAGUGACCAUACCGUAUGUAAUAUAGGUGACACUCUGACUCCAGAACAAGCAAGAAUACUGAAAUUGUUUGCCAAGCCCAUCGCUGAGUUCAAACUAAAUCUGGCUGCCUGCUGGUCCAACGAUGGAACAUUCAAGGAGUUCAGGUUACCCAAUUCCAAAUCAAGGAGCGAUGGCGAUGAUGAGGAUGAAGACUAAUUUUUCAUAAAUGGACAAGAUUAUAAAUAAGACUUUACAGAAAGACUGAAGUCAAUGAGAGGUUCAUAUUUUGGAGGAAAUGUCACUGUUGUCUGAUAUUUUAGUGAAAAAAGGGAUACAUGAUGCAAGAUAUAUGUUGCAGUGAAGGCAGUGGAAAGCUUUUGGUCCUUUGAUCCUUGCAAGGGUAGGUUUCUCUUUUUUAAAAGUAACUCCUGAAGGAACUCUGCAAAACAGCUUUCCUCCGCAUCAAUGCCAAGCUGGUAUAUAACCAAAGUCAAUCGGUCUUAGCGUCUGACCUUAUUUACACAUCAGAAAGUACUCUUGGUCCUUUUUGUUAAGUGGAGAUAAUGGCCGAGCCAGGAUUCAAACUUACAACCUCAGAAUUAUGAGUCCAGUGCUCUGACCAUUGACCACACUUACCUUGGUGUGUUGCCUUAAACUCAUUAGAUGGUAUUUUACUUUUAUGGAGUGCCAGUUGUCAACUCGUUCACCAAUUAAAAGUUAUUCUCAUUCUGCUGCAAAUAGUUGUCAAGAAAUCAAUUGAGUUGUGAAAUGGAUUUUCACUGAGUGAUUUUUGUCUCGCCUGCAUAGCAGAGCGAGACUAUAGGCGCCGCUUUUCCGACGGCGGCGGCGGCGUCAACAUCAAAUCUUAACCUAAGGUUAAGUUUUUGAAAUGACAUCAUAACUUAGAAAGUAUGUGGACCUAGUUCAUGAAACUUGGACAUAAGGUUAAUCAAGUAUUAGUGAACAUCCUUUCUGAGUUUCAGGUCACAUGACCAAGGUCAAAGGUCAUUUAGGGUCAAUGAACUUUGGUCAAGUUGGGGUAUUUGUUGAAUUACCUUCAUAACUUCGAAAGUUUAUGGAGUGAAUGAAAUGUGGACAUGGGUGGAGUUGACAAGUCUUAAGUCACCGUUCAAAUGUCAUCUAUGGUCAAUGAACGUGGUAUUAUGUCAUUAUAUGAAUGGUGUUUUUGUGAAUGAUUAUUUUAUAGUAGUUUUCAAAGUUAGCACAGCUGCUAUAUUAAAUCGCGUAAUGCAGGCGAGACUGCCAGAGGCGUUCCACUUGUUUUUUUCUCUCGGCCAAUCAGAUGCGAGGAUUUCAUUAGGAUAUAAGAGAAAUCAUUUACACAUUUUUGUUCAUGAAACACUCCUCAGUCAUAUCACAGCAUAUUUGUGAUAACUUACCCUUCAAGAAAGACCAGGGCCUUGUCUCACAAAAAGCUGUUAUUUUACUGGGCCCCAUCCUACAAAGAGUUACGAUUGAUCCAAUCAAUCAUAACUUUAUGGAAAUCCAUCAGUGUCAUAAUAUUUCCACAGGAAGUUUGCAAAAUGUCCUUUGUAAUCAAAGGAGAACACACCAAAUUGUCAAGAAAUCAAUGAAUUUAUGGAUAUACAUUCAAAUGUAGAAAAUUUGUUGAGCAAACAUGCAUUUUAUAUGUUGACUUUGCUUGAUUUCCAUAUUUGCGAUUGAUCAGAUCAAACGCAACUCUUUGUAAAACAGGCCCCUGAUCAAUCUCAGCUAUAGAUGAAACAAAAUCGAUGACAUAAUUCUUCAUCUAUUAAAAUGCACACAAUUUUCCUUUUGAAACAGAGGAGCACACUGAUAUGUCAAUCAGAUGAAGUAUACAUCGUAUUUAGAAAACACGUUAAAUGGGGCCCCGUCGUACAAAGAGUUGCGAUUGAUCAGAUCAACCACAACUAUGGAAAGCCAGCCAAGCUUACAUCUAAAAUGCAUGUUCAAAACCUUUUCUAGAUAUAUGUAUACUCAUACAUUCAUUGCUCAAGUUGUCUUGACAAUUUGAUGUGCUCCUCUUUGUUCACAAAAGGACCGAGUGCAAAAUUUCGGUAAGGAAAAUUAUGACAUUGAUAGAUUUCCAAAUAGUUUAGGAUGAUGGGACCCUGGGCCCCAUCUUACAAAGAGUUACGAUUGAUCCAAUCAAUCGUAACUCUAUGGAAAUCCAAAAGUGUCAUAAUUUUGCAAAAAAAAGGAAAUUUGCAAAAUGUCCUUUGUAAACAAAGGAGAACACCCCAAAUUGUCAAGAAAUCAAUGAAUUUAUGGAUAUGAAUUCAUAUCUAGAAUUUUUUUGGAACAAACAUGCAUUUCAUAUGUUGACUUUGGUGGCUCUCCAUAUUUGCGAUUUAUUUGAUCAAUCACAACUCUUUGUAAGAUGGGCCCCAGAUUUACAAAUAAUAGAUGAUGUUGUGCCUGGCUUUCCAUAGUUGUGGUCGAUUGGAUCAAACACAUGCUUUUGUAAGAUGGGACCUAGAGAUGCUUUUAAGGGUGGCAAUUUAUUCUCAGCAAUGUUUACUCUUCAUUGCUUCUGUAUUUGAUUUUAGAUUUUACUGUAGAUACUUUAGAUACUGUACCUCUAAUUGGAGAGUUUUAUUGAGUUAUUUAUUCAGAUGAGUGCAUGCUUGGAAGGUUUUGAAAUCCAGGGCCCCGUCUUACAAAGAGUUACGAUUGAUCCAGUCAAUCGUAACUCUAUGGAAAUCCAUCAGUGUCAUUAUUUUCUUCUACAGGAAAUGUGCACAUUGUCUGUUGUAAACAAAGAGAAGCACAGUGAAUUUUAUAGACAACGAUGAAUGCAUGAAUAUGCAUCAUAGCUAGAAAAUAUUUUGAACAAACAUGCAUUACAGAUGUUGACAUUGCUGGCCGUCCAUAGUUGCGAUCGAUCGGAUCAAUCGCAACUCUUUGUAAGAUGGGGCCCAGUUCUCUGUUUUUCUUUCCAGAUUAAUCACUGUAACAGGGACUUAAGAAUUCAGCUUCAGUUUUAAAAGCUGAUUUUUUUUUCAACUCCUGAAGAAUUUCUGUCGCACAGAUGUCUAGAAGCUAUUGCACCAUCAGCCUUUUUUUAUAGAUUUUUUUUAAUUAUUUGUGGGUACUUACAGCCUUCUGAUGCAUUUACUUUUUAAUUUCUUAAAUUAUUAUGAUCUUCAAAUUAGAUACAAAUUAUUAUUACAUUGAACCUGAACCCAAGACAAUGAGCUGUGUAUUGUCUCUAGUCUUCUCGCCCGUAUAGUGGAACAAGAUUCACUGGCCAACAUGAAAUUUUACCCGGGGGCUGGGGGAGAUUUAGCCCUCGAAAUGCUCAAAAGAGCACUGGAAAUCCCCAUUCAUGGUCAUUGCAAUGUUAAAGGGAUGGUCCAGGCUGGAGAUAUUUAUAGCUCAAUAAAUAGAGUGAAAUUCACAAAGCAAAAUGCUGAAAAUUUGAUCAAAAUCGGAUAACAAAUAACAAAGUUAUUGAAUUUUAAAGAUUAGUAUUAUUCCGGUGAAACAGUUCUAGGCAUGUCUUCAUGAAUAUUUAUUAGGUGGGCUGAUGAUGUCAUAUCUCCACUUGUUCUUUUGUGUUUUAUUAUAUGAAAUCAGGGUCAUUCAAAAAUGUUCUAUGAAGAACUAAAACAAUUGGAUUGGCAACUGAUUAAGUGCAUUAGUUAUGUAUUGCCGCAACUUAUAUCAUCAUAAUGGAGGCACAUAAUUUACACAUGUAUGAAAAAAUGAAACAAUUAUGAUUUCAUGUAAUAACAUAAGUAAAAAGAAAGUGGGGAUGUGACAUCAUCAGCCCACCUAAUGAAUAUUCAUGACGAUGUGCAUAUAACUGUUUUCACAAAAUAUUGAUAAACUUUAAAAUUCAAUAACUUUGUUAUUUUUUUAACUGAUUUUGGUGAAAUUUUCAGCAUUUUGCUCUGUGAAUUUUACUCUAUUUGUGUAGAUAUAGAUAUUUUCAGCCCGGACCAUCCCUUUAAAGCUUAUCCAAUGUUGUAGAUUUAGGCAGUAUGAUGUGAAAAGUAGCCCCUGAUAAUUUUUUUUUUGCCUGCUGGCCCUAAUUCUUUAGUCCAAUUUAACUUAGGCCAUAGUUGAAAUCUGUUUAUUAAAUUAAGGCAAGCUGAUAAUGUCAAAUCUUUGUACCUACCUUAUCAUGUCUAACAUUCCUUUCCCCAUUCUUUAAUGGUGCAGAAAACUAUUUUAGAAAGUAAUCAUCCCCAGAGAGUUGACUUGUUACAUGUGUAUCUGAUUCGAGUUUCUGUCUUAUUUCAAAAUGUCAAUAAAAAAUAAGAAUAUUUACAUACAA